UUUAAUAUUCCCCUUUCCGCGCAAUUUUAUCCAUUAAUUUUCUCUCUCUCAUCGUCAAUAAAUGCGGCUCUUAAUUCGGGGCUCCAAAUUCCUCCCGCUAAAACUAGCAAGGAUCAGAGAGCUCAUCCAAAUUUAGUAAAGUACCAUUUUUUUAUCUCAUUUUUUCUAGGGUUUCUGCAAUUUGAAAAUCCCAUUGAUUCAGUCGUUACCAGGUCCCUUCUAGCCUCUGGUUCCAUUGGAGAGGUAGCAUGAGAAUCGAUCAGCCAGGGCUGGUCGGCCUCUGCAAUUCCGUUUCGUUGCUUUCUGGAAGGCAAGGGGUUUCUGGAAUCUUGGCUUUUCAGAGAAAACAGGGUUAUGAGACUGCUUUUUGUAAUAUCGAAAGAUUGACUGUAGGUUAUGAUGUCGGACAUACCAGCUCGAACCGGGCGACAUCGGCAACUGUAUGGUAAAGAUGGAUUUCGCCUUGUUGCUGGGUGUAUUCCAUACAGGUUAAUAGAUCUGGUUGAUGACCAUAUUGGAAGUGUAGUUGAUAGAUUGGAAGUGCUCAUGAUAUCUUCACCAAAUCGUCAUGACCUGGUGUUCCCAAAGGGUGGCUGGGAAGAUGAUGAGUCUGUAGAAGAUGCGGCACUUCGGGAAGCAUUAGAGGAAGCUGGAAUUAGAGGAACCAUUUAUAAAGAACCACUAGGAGAGUGGGAAUUUAGGAGUAAAAGCAAAGAGAAGUGUUGUGGGCUUGAAGGAUUUUGCAGAGGUUACAUGUACGCAAUGAAGGUAACUGAGGUGCUGGAGUCCUGGCCAGAACAGGCUGACCGUGAAAGAAAAUGGCUAACCAUUAGGAACGCAUACCCACUGUGCCGCUAUCCUUGGAUGUGUGAAGCUCUCAAAAAGUUUGAAAUUGUUAUGUCAAGAGAUGAUGAGCUUCAGUUGGAAUGGGGGGCAUCAUCACCAUCGCUGUCAACAUUAUCAUCAUCGGUUGUGGCAUCGCAACCGGUUUCAGAGACACCAGAGCUCCCCAUCAUACCGCCAAGCUGCUUUUCAAGGCCCCCUGAAGCCAAGGCCUCAACAAAUCCUGUAAAUGCAUUAUGCUAGGACUCUCUCUCUCUCUCUCUCUCUCGAUGCAUAAGCACGUGUUCUUUAGGAUUUGAACCAGGUCUGUUGAUUAUGAAUGCUAACUUCUGUAUUGGUUUUCCUUUGUCAAAUCAUCCGUCGAUCCCUUGUUUUGCACAAAGCUCAACAUUGUAAAUGGUGCUCCAGCGCAUGAACUUUAAAGAAAGUGGAGAAACAGUUUACUCUCGCUUUUUUCUUGAGUAAGAUUUUUUGGAUUUGGGGCAUGAUGAAAAAUUUGUAUUUGAA